AUGGGGGAUGACUCCUGUGAAACUUACAGACCCUCCCCUAUCCACAGAUAUGGAAUCCGCCCUGAAAAUGUGAUUAUAUAUGGCCAGAGUAUAGGAACAGUACCAUCUGUGGAUCUUGCUGCUAGGUAUGAAAGUGCUGCUGUAAUUCUUCAUUCUCCACUGACAUCAGGAAUGCGAGUAGCUUUUCCUGAUACAAAGAAGACCUAUUGCUUUGAUGCAUUCCCGAACAUUGACAAAAUUUCUAAAAUAACAUCUCCUGUGUUAAUAAUUCAUGGGACUGAAGAUGAAGUAAUUGACUUUUCACAUGGCCUAGCAUUAUUUGAGCGUUGCCAGAGACCUGUAGAACCGCUGUGGGUAGAAGGAGCAGGACAUAAUGAUGUGGAACUCUAUGGACAGUACCUUGAAAGAUUAAAACAGUUUGUGUCACACGAGCUGGUGAACUUGUAAUUUUCUUCAUAUAUUUAUAUGCUUUUUUCAUUUCACUGCAGAACCGCACGCCUUAAUAAAUAUGUAAUGUAAAACCUGAAAGUUGUGUUUUCAAAUCAUCUUGGUUGCCUUCAUUAAACGUACAGGUAAUGAGAUUUGUUAACAUAAUUAUGAAGGUUUUAAUGCCAGUAUUAUAAACUGGAGUUACAUGAUCACGCAGUCAGGUCUGGCAGUUCAUAUUAGUUUGUGUGAGAUUUUUUUUCUUUUUAGAUGUACAAAAAAAAUUAAAAGGAGUACUGUAUGAGAUUUUAAUUAUAUAAAAUCAAAUCCUAUAAAAGUGUUGCCAAAUGCUUUAGCAUAUCAAAAGAGUUUAUAAAUAUUUUUUAAACAUCUCAAUUUACUGUGACUUUCUGUUGCACGGGUGUAAAUUAAAAAACCAGACUUUUAAGCAGGUAUUCUGUAAAAGUGUAAUAGCCAUGAAAUUUGAGUAAAUACUAAUGUAUGUAGUAAGAAUAGACAGUCACUGGAAAUGACCCAUGCC